AUGUCGGCAUUGGAGAAAGCCAAGAUCAUCUUCGCCAACAUCUACUUCAAUCAUGAUGGUGACAUUCAACUAGUGCUGAGGGGCAGCAUCGGGGGCAAUGACGUUGCUAAGCGCCAGAAGCAGAAGUGGAAGCAGCUCGUUGAUGAAAUAAACGCCUUAUGUGGAACUGCUCUGACCGUUAAAGAGCUCAAGGCAAUGAAGGACUACAUGACUAAAGUUGUUGGUCGAGUCGCUACCACCAGGCGCCAGAGGCUACAUCCCGUGAAAACUGGAGGCGGCGAGCCCGCAGUAGAUGUAGAUCCGUGCAUGGAGGAGUGGCUGGUUUCUGUCCUCGAUCUCGUGGACGAGAAUGUUCGUUUCACUGGACUGGGGGAAGACUUGGAAGCUGGCAUAGGCAGUGAGGAUACCGUCGCAUACAAGGAGCUCACAAGAUGUAAUGCGAGACGUGUGGGCGGCAAUCCCACCGGUGGCUCGUCACAACUGCCGGCUAAUGGAGGAAUGAAGAACGGGAAAUAUGCAGUUACUUCAACUACAAUGGAUGCUGUCCGCUCCGCUUUCGAGGCAGCAUACUCGUAUGAGAGGUGUGCUACAUCCCGGAUCGGGAUUAUCGGCACUGAUAGAAAAUGAGCUGUUACAACAUGUUGUAUCCGUGGUACGACACCAUGAAAUAACGUCUCCGUUUUGCCUUGGGCAGGCUACCUCCAUGAUGUCUGUUUCGU